UUCCCUGAUCCCCUCUCUCUGUGUCUCGGGAAUCCAACUUUUCUCUUGCUUUCUUUCUUUUCUCCUUUGUGGGUAUUUGUGGAGCAGCAGGAAAAAGCAAAAACCAGAUAGAGAGAAUGCAGCAUGCCCUUAUAAGGGGAAGGGGAGGUGGGUCGUGCAUAGGAAGCUCUACCAACGUCUCAAUGUCAACGGCGUCAAAUGCGGACAAUAAUGGUGUUGGCUGUCUAACAGAGCAAGACUACAUUGGAAUAUCUGAGAUCUCUUCUUAUUCCAGUGGUGCUUUGAUGGUCCAGAGGGAAGAGGACGCCAUGGGGUUGAGGGACACGGAACUCAACCUUGGCCUGAGUUUGAACACCCUGAGCGAGAGUCCUGCGGGUGAGGAUUGCUCGUCUAGGAGGAAUGGCCGCAGCAAGAGGACUGGGAGGAUAUUGACUGCCAGGGACCUUCCUAACAUGGUUCCUUCCUUGGGUUUCAGAGGGAGGAGGAUGCAUGGGGAAUCUGCUGAUGCUGAUUCAGUUCAGGAAGUUACAUCUGUUCCAAGCAACAACCAAGUGGUAGGCUGGCCUCCUAUCAGAGCUUACAGAAUGAACAGUCUGGUGAACCAAAGCAGAGUUCCAACUGCAGAUGAUGCUAACAGCAACAUGUCUCGGAACAACUUUGGUGGGAUGGGUAAAACUAAGGGCAGGCAAGAGAAAGUGGUACCAGGGCAUGGAAAAUCAAUGUUUGUUAAAGUUAACAUGGAUGGAGUUCCCAUUGGCAGGAAGGUAGAUCUGAACACACAUUCCUGCUAUGAAUCCUUGGCUAAUGCAUUAGAGGAGAUGUUCAAAAGGCGUACCACCAAUGGCAUUCUUCCAGUUUUCGCUCUGGAGAAUGAGCAUGGAGUGAUUGGUGAAGGCAAAUCUUCAAAACUCCUAGACGGCAACUCAGAGUUUGUCCUUACCUAUGAAGAUAAGGAGGGAGACUGGAUGCUAGUUGGAGAUGUACCAUGGGACAUGUUCUUGAGCACUGUAAGGAGGCUUAGAAUCAUGAGAACAUGCGAAGUCAAUGGCCUUGGUGCAAGAUUCGAGGCCAGGUCUAACAAAUGAAAAUGCUUUUCUGUGGGUGGUUCACUUCUAGAUUUGGACGCAGUGGCAUUUAAAGAAAACGUCGUCGUAUAAAGAAGUGUAGAGCUGCAGCUUUUUGCCAUAUAUUUAAUGUUCAUAUUGUCUGCCAAUAUGUUUGGUGUCUUCUUUGAAUUUUCUCUUCUUUUCCCUACUGGAAAAGUUCCAGCUUUUGGUUUUCCGGAGACACGCAGAUCAGUUUUUCUCCUCCUCUCUUGUGUGUUGCUGUUCUGCCAUAUAUUGUAUGGCUUUAUUAAUGUAUUCAAAUGAAUUAAUAUCAAAAUGCAAUAUAUUUAGUAGA